AUGGAUUUGCACGUGCACACACGAAAGUCUCACAUUCUCUUUCUAGCUACUUCAGGACCACACUGGUGCUAUGAGAUUCAAGCCAAGGAGGUCAACUCAAACUGCCUAGGGCCAGACAAGUGGUCUGGAGACUGCCAUAAGAGCCGCCAGUCUCCCAUCAACAUCGUGAGCUCCAAGGCCAAGGUAAACCACAGCCUGGGACACUUCUCCUUCUUUGGUUAUGACAAGAAACAAAGGAGGACCGUCCAAAACAAUGGGCACUCAGUGAUGGUGUUGCUGGGGAAAGAGGCCAGACUGUCUGGAGGAGGCCUGGCUGCACAGUACCAGGCCACACAGUUUCACCUGCAUUGGUCCCAGGAGCUGGACAGGGGCUCGGAGCACACCCUGGAUGGCGAACGCUUUGCUAUGGAGAUGCACAUAGUGCAUGAGAAAGAGACAGAGGCAUCAAACCAUGCACAGAGCUCUGAAGAUGAGAUGGCAGUGUUGGCCUUCCUGGUGCAGGAGGGAGACAAGAUGAACGAGGGCUUCGAGCCCCUGUUGGAGGCCCUACAAAGCAUCCCCGAACCUGAUAUGAACACCACCAUGAGGGAGAGCAGCCUGAUGGACCUGCUCCCUAACCGGGAGAAGCUAAAGGACUACUUCCGGUACCUGGGCUCGCUCACCACGCCCAGCUGUGACGAGACAGUCAUCUGGACAGUGUUCAAGGAGCCCAUUCAGCUGCACAGGGAGCAGAUCCUGGCCUUCUCCCAGAAGCUAUUCUACGACAAGGGGCAGAAACUGAAUAUGAGCGACAACGUCAGACCUGUGCAGCGCCUGGGAAACCGGGUGGUGUUCAGGUCGAGGGCCCCAGGACGGCUGCUGCCUUUGCCCCUGUUGGUCCCCACACUGACCUUCCUGAUGGCCAGCCUCCUUCCGUAAUGGCGCACAGCUGGCUACAUGACCUGUCUGACCUCAGCUUGUUUAAAGGACUUGACUUCUAUUCUUACUGCUUCCUAGGGUGAACUUUGGGAAUGAUUAAAAUAUGGAUGUUUUUGGACAGAUCA